CACUCGAAAGACAGCUGGGGAUCAAAGCAGAGCUGAGAGCGCUUGUCACCGCGACGGAUUGAGAAUACGUUUCAUUUUUUCGUCACAUUUUGGAUCAGUUGCGGUGGAUAAUGAACAUACCAGGGAGUGAACACUUAGUAUUUACAUCUUAGUUUCGCGUCUGAGGCUUAAAAUUUGAAAUCAUCGCGUGAUGCGUCUCCGUUAUUUGUAUUAGCGUCAAUGGACCUGAACGCGUUUCGAGAUGUUUUGAUAUAUUUGGAUGAGCUUACGUGGACAUUUGGUUUGUUUUCUUUAACUUGACGUGCGUUGAGUGCCCUUGAUCUUCCUUAUGCAUUUGCGGAGGAUUUGAAUUAGCAGCCAUUUAAGCUGUCCUAGAGCCAGCCAGGUUAUCUGGCUGAUCAUCAUCUCAAGUGCACUGUUGUCAUUGAACUGCUCGGAUGCAACAGUUGCAUGUGCAUUUCUUGUAUAAAGUGGCUCAGAAGCCCUGCUCAUCUGUGUUCCCCCUAUGAAUUCAACGCACACAUUGUGAUGAGUGAAAUCUGGGCUGUGAGCUUGAGUUGUGCACACGUGAGGACAUGUCAUUUCCAGCAGCAGCAGCAGCAUGCAUCCUGAUGGCCGAAGCCGCAGCAUCCUCAUCAGCAGGUCGGAUGUCCUCAUGCCCAGCAGCGCCGUCUACCCGUCUCUGGUCCUCGGCAUCGCGGCGGCGGUGCUGGUCGUCCAGCUCGGCUCUGGAGGACUCACCUCCUUUUUCCUCAAACUCUUUAUUUAUAUGUCCUUCGCGUUGUUCUGUUUCAUGCUGGGGUGUCUUGGGCUGCUGGUGAAGAGAAGCCCCCUGAAGAUCAGCAGAUUUGACACCACUAGGAGACAGUCAUCGAAGCUCAUGGAUUUAUUCAAUAAGUUAAUGGGCCGGUUCUGUGUACCUCUGCUGGAUUCAGCCCAGACCAGGAGGGUUGUGGUGUCUCUCAAUAUGGAUAAAGCCCUUAAAGAAGUGUUUGACUACAGCUAUCGGGACUAUAUUCUGUCGUGGUACGUCCCCUUGAGUCGAGAUGAGGGCCAACUCUAUCAGAUGUUGUCUGAGGACUUUUGGGAAAUGACCAAACAGCUGCGAAUGCGUCUGUCUGAGGUGGAUGUGGUCAACCUGGUCUGUAACGACAUGGUCAAGACCCUCCACACGCACUUCUGUGACCUUAAGGCUGCUAACACAAGGCUGGAGGAAGUACCACGGCCGUUUCCGUUGCAUCCGUGUCUGCGCAGUCCCGAUGAGGAGCUGCGUUUCCUGCGCUGCUGCGCCCGUCUGCUCAUGCUGCGUCUGCUACCCGCACGGGACGCUCGUUCAUGCAGUCUGCGCCUCUUACUGGUGGAGGUCGUCGCUACUAAAGUGCUAAAGCCAUUGGUGGACGUGUUGAGUGAUCCGGACUACAUUAACCGCAUGCUGCUAGCUCAGUUAGAGCACCGAGAGCAGGUGAACGAGCAUCAUAAGAAAGCGUACACGUACGCGCCGUCCUACGAGGAGUUCAUCAAACUCAUCAGCAGCAGCUCUGACAUACAGUUCCUCAAACAGCUCAGGUAUCAGAUAGUUGUGGAGAUCAUUCAGGCGACCACCAUUAGCAGUAUCCCACAGCUGAAGAAACAGAAAGGUGACACAGAUGAAGCAGAAGGAAAUGGUCCUGGUACACAUUGUGAGCCAUUUACAUCAUAUCAGCUCCCGACAUCAGAAAACAUGAAGCGUUACAUUAACCAGCUCACAGUGGCAAAGAAGCGGUGUGAGAAGCGUAUCAGGCUCCUCGGGGGUCCGAACUAUGAGCAGCAGGAGGACGGAGCCCAGGAUGAAGGGGACGGUCCACAGGGCCAAAGGAUACUUCAGUUUGAGGAGAUCAUGUCAAAUGCAGUGUACCGCGGGCAUUUCCGUGUCUACAUGGAGCGCGUGGAUAAGAGGGCUCUGAUUAGCUUUUGGGAGCUGGUGGAGAUGCUCAAGAGCGCCAACAAGAAUGAAGUGCCGCAGCUGGUGGGAGAGAUCUACCAGAACUUCUUUGUGGAGAGCAGGGAGAUCCCGGUGGAGAAGCCUCUUUAUAAAGAGAUCCAGCAGACGUUGGUGGGGAACAAGGGCACAGACGUGUUUCACAGGAUCCAGGGAGACGUGUACGAGACCAUGAAGGAGCGCUAUUACCCAUCUUUCCUGGUGAGCGACCUGUACGAGCGGCUCAUUAAACGAGAGGAGCAAAGGAGCAGCUCACAGUCCAGCAGCGAGGAGAAAGACGACGCCGGUCAGGUGAUGGAAGGAGGGGAUGUGGCCCUGGAUGAGGGCAGCAAAGGCAUCAACGAACAGGCCAGUUACGCCGCCACCAAACUACAACAGCUGUAUGAGAGACUGGAGUACAAACGCCAAGCCUUGGGCUCUAUCCAGAAUGCACCGCGACCUGAUAAAAAGAUUGUGUCACUACUGAAGGAGGAAAUCUGCGCCAUGGAGAAGGAGCACAGUGACCUCCAGCUGCACAUUUCACGGACGGACUGCUGGUGUGAGAACCUGGGCACCUGGAGAGCCGUCGUCAACACCGCAGAGGCCUCUGAGGAGAAUGGAGAGCAGAUGGCGUGCUACUUUGUAGCCGUGAGCCUUUCUGAAGACGACGACUGCAAGAACAACCGCUGGACGGUCUCCAGGAAGCUCUGCGAGUUUCAGGCUUUGCACAGGAAGCUGACGGAGUGUUUUCCGUCACUCAAGAAAGUCCAGCUUCCCUCACUCAGUAAACUGCCGUUCAAAUCCAUCGACCAAAAAUUCCUUGACAAAUCCAAAAACCAACUUAACACGUUUUUACAGAAAGUGUUGACAGAUGAGCGCAUGUGUCAGAGUGAGGCGCUGUACGCGUUUCUCAGUCCGUCACCAGAGCAGCUGAAGGUCAUCGGCAUCCAGAAGAAAUCCUCCUUCUCUCUCGCAUCCUUCUUGGAGAGACUGCCGGGAGACUUCUUCUCACACCAGGAGGAUGAAGGUGAGGAUGACAGCGACCUCUCAGACUACGGCGAUGAGACAGACGGGAGGAAGGAUGCGCUGGCUGAGCCCUGCUUCAUGCUGAUCGGAGAGAUCUUUGAACUCAGGGGCAUGUUUAAGUGGGUGCGGAAGACACUAAUUGCACUAGUUCAGGUCACGUUUGGACGGACUAUAAACAAGCAAAUCAGAGACACUGUAAACUGGAUCUUCAGUGAGCAGAUGUUGGUUUACUAUAUUAAUAUAUUCCGGGACACGUUUUGGCCCAAUGGGAAACUUGCGCCUCAUAACAAAAGCCGCUCGGAGAGUGAACGCAGAGAAACCAAGGAGAGAGCACAACAGAAGCUUCUAGACAACAUCCCAGAUGCACUUCAGAAUCUCGUGGGGCAGCAGAACGCGAGAUACGGGAUCAUCAGGAUCUUUAAUGCACUUCAGGAGGCCAGUGCCAACAGACAUCUUCUCUACAUCUUGUUGGAGAUGCUGCUUAAAGAACUCUAUCCCGAGCUGAGCGUGGAGGCCGUACAGGCCUGAACUUCAUCACAGCACAUCACAGGCUCAGGAUGUGUUUCUCUAAUGUGCUGGAUGGCUGUUUUUGGUGUUUCUUUUAGUUUUUUGUUCUGUUGUUUUAUUUCUGAAACACUUGACUCUGUAGUGCUGGGUCUAGGAAGCGUCAUGAAUAUGUUAGUGUUUUAAUCCGUUGAUGUGUGGGAUUGGAAGAACAGGCCAGGUCCACUGCCAGCUGUCAUCUUCUGCUUUUCUUUCUCUCUUUUGUUUUCUUCUAGGGGGUUUUGCUGUGUAAUGUGAAUAACAGUGAAACGAGUGUUACACAUGUGUAAAAAGAAGAACCCAGACCACUGUAAACUCUCUACAUAUUAUUGUGACCAUUAUGAAAGCUUUUAAUCGUGCAAUAUGUCAUGUACAGUUAUUGUGA